CUAAUGCGGAACAAAGUGGAAAGGAAACACAAAACAAAUUGGAUUCUUUUUCGGUGUUAUUAACAAUUAUAAAUAAAAAAAACAGCAACAAAAGAAGAAACUGCGGACUUUAACCAUGUCGAAGGUGACAGUACAGGAUAUAGAAGCCGUAGAUGACUACUGGGGACCAACUUUUCGCUCAAUACUUGAAGGCAACAACACUAAGAUCAUUGGAGAGCAAUUGGAACAGCGUAUUCGCAGUCAUGACAAGGAAAUCGAACGCAUCUGUAAUCUAUAUUAUCAGGGAUUUAUAGAUUCCAUCCAAGAGUUAUUGCAGGUGCGGACACAGGCCAAGCAAUUGCACGAUGAGGUCCACUCCCUGGACUCCUCGUUAAGGCAGAUGAGUUUAACUGUCAUACAGCAGGGCAACGAUUUGGUUAGAGCACGUCAAAUUGAAUCGAACUUGGCUAAAGCAAUUGAGGCUUUAAAAUCGUGUUUACCCGCUCUCGAGUGUUACAUGAAAUUCACUCAACAGGCCAAGAAUAAGCAUUACUAUCAAGCCCUGCGUACAUUGGAAACUUUAGAGGCAGAGCAUCUGUCACGUCUGAAGCAACACAAUUAUCGGUUUGCCACUCAAAUGCAGAUACAAAUACCCAUUAUUAAGGAGAACAUACGGCGAUCGGCUGCAUCAGAUUUCCGGGAGUUCCUCGAGAAUAUCAGGAAAUUCUCGCCACGCAUUGGCGAAGUGGCUAUUACCCAUACAAAGCAAAUGCAGAAGCGGGAUAUAAAUGCCAUUAUCCAGGAAUAUGUACAACAGAAAGCAGGUGGUGGCGGUGGUGAUGAAGAUGGCGGUAAUGUUAGUGCUCAGGAUUUAUUGGAUUUCUCGCCCAUCUAUCGUUGUCUGCAUAUAUACAUGGUUUUGGGUCAAAGGGAAUACUUUGAAAAGGACUAUCGACAACAGCGGCGAGAUCAAGCGAAAUUGGUAUUGCAGCCACCACCAAAUAUGCAUGAUAAUCUGGAAGCAUAUAAGAUCUAUAUAUGUGCCAUUGUGGGUUUCUUUGUGGUGGAGGAUCAUGUUAAGAAUACUGCCGGAGAUGUGGUCAAUAAUAGCUAUCUUGAAGAUCUCUGGUCUACAUCGUUAACAAAGUUUGUCAAUGAAAUUAGCAUGAGUUCUUCCUCCUGCACGGAUCCCAAUAUCUUGUUGAGAAUUAAAAAUCUCAUAAUGUUGUCUAUAAAUACAUUUAAAUGCUAUGGCUAUACUGUCAAUAUACUCUGGGAGUUACUCCACAAUAUGAGGGAUCAUUACAAUGAAGUUCUUCUACAACGUUGGGUUCAUGUGUUUCGCGACAUUCUGGACAAAGAACAAUUUCUGCCCAUGAUUGUGGAAAAUGCUGAGGAAUAUGAAAGUAUUAUUGAACGUUUCCCCUUUCACUCUGAGCAGUUGGAAACGGCUCCAUUUCCCAAAAAAUUCCCAUUUUCACGGAUGGUGCCAGAGGUUUAUCACCAAGCCAAGGAGUUUAUGUAUGCCUGUAUGAAGUUCGCCGAAGAGCUUACACUAUCACCGAAUGAAGUAGCUGCUAUGGUUCGUAAGGCAGCCAAUCUCUUGCUUACACGCAGCUUCAGCGGCUGCCUUUCAGUCGUAUUCCGUCAGCCAAGCAUCACGCUACCGCAGCUUAUUCAAAUCAUUAUUGAUACCCAGUAUCUGGAUAAGGCAGGACCCUUUCUGGAUGAGUUUGUCUGUCAUAUGACGAAUACAGAGCGGAAUGUGUCGCAAACUCCGUCAGCAACAAUGUUUCAUGUGGCACGCCAAGAUGCCGAAAAGCAAGUUGGUGUACGCAUCUGUUCCAAGAUAGAUGAGUUCUUUGAAUUGAGUGCCUACGAUUGGUUACUAGUAGAACCGCCGGGCAUAGCAUCUGCCUUUAUCACCGACAUGAUUUCAUAUCUGAAGAGCACAUUUGAUAACUUCUCGUUUAAGUUGCCACACAUUGCCCAAGCGGCAUGUCGUCGGACUUGUGAACAUAUUGCCGAUAAAGUUUAUUCCAUUAUGUUUGAUGAAGAUGUUAAGCAAAUUUCAACUGGUGCUCUAACUCAAAUCAAUUUGGAUCUAAUGCAAUGUGAAUUUUUUGCUGCCUCCGAACCUGUGCCAGGACUAAAAGAGGGUGAAUUGAGUAAAUAUUUUCUACGAAAUCGACAACUACUUGACUUACUUAUCCUGGAGGAGUGGAGCACUUAUUUCCAUGACUAUGGAAAGCAAGAGAAUCGCUAUCAACUGGUGCAACCGCAAACAAUUAUUGUGAUAUUGGAAAAAAUAAGGGAGGCGGAUAAAAAGCCAAUAUUUUCUCUCGUCCGUAAAAAUGAUAAGAAAAAACUAUUGGAAACUGUGCUAAAGCAAUUAAAACAUAUAGCCGAAAGACAAAAUUGAAAGAAUUUAAUAGUCUUACGGAGUGGCACAUACGAGAAUACAUAUGGAAGACAAAUUCCCUUUAUCUAGCUAUCGUUGAGAAUUUUGGUUUGAGACAGAUUAAUAACAAUAUUCGCCUAGAUCUACUAUAUGAUUAUAUUGAUUGAUUAAUCAAUAUAGACUGUAUUCCAAGUCUCACAUACACCAAUUUCUGAUGUUGAUUUAAUAUAUAGACUUAAAGUAUAAUCUAGGCCAAUUGAAUUUGUGCGCUUUCAAUGAUUUUAACUCGAAUUUGUUUUUAUAAAAGACAAAUUUGCUUGUAAUUUGAUUUGUAAAAUUUAUAUUUUGGAAUUUGGAUUUUAUGUACAUACAAAUUAAAAAGAACAAAAAGGGGGGAAAAAAGAACACAAAGCAAAUAAAAAUCGCAACUAAGUUUUCGUGCAAAGCGCAAACGAAAGAGGAAAAACUGCUAAUAACAAAUUGUAUAUUAUGAUUAUUAUUAAAUGUAUAUGCAUGUAUCAGUAUGUCUGUAUGUGUAGGUAAUAUUAUUAUUAUUAUUAAAUAUUCCACGAGAAAAUUGUGUAUGCAGUAAAA